AUGUGUCUCUUAACCUGCUGCCAAAAGGCUGUUUCUUCAUCAUGCCACGCCCAUCCUCGAGGAGGACCGUAUGAUAUGGUUUUUGUCUGCAUUAAGGAAAACCUGCGACGUCUGGAGGAGCAGGCACGGCAGGCAGAAGUGCAGUUAACUACGCGGGAAGAGGAACUGGCCACAUUGCAACUGCUGAAGAAGGAGCAACUGCGUGCAAUUGAGGUGGCUCGCGGACAACUCCGUUCCCGUCGGGCGGUAGAGACAGAACUUGUGGACUUGCAGAUUAAGCUGGGACUGACCGUCAAAUGCUUGAAAAGACUGGAGACGUUGGCGGAAGACCCAAAUGCCCCUCUCCUCGAUCCGAAAGCCGGACAGAGGAUCCUGCCACCAUUGCCGCCGCCAAAUCAAGUUUUCGCAAUCCGAAGCACAGACGACGCCGCUAAAGAUCCGAUCCCCAAGGAGGAGGAGGAGGAAGAUGCUGUUGAGCUACCAUUCAAACCUGCCGGACGUCUUCGCCUGCUGGAAGGCAAUGAUCUGACUGUCCAGCAAAUGACCGAAAAGAUUGAGGCGCUCGAAGUCAAGAUCACCAAGAAGGAGGCUCUUCUAUUGGAGCGGAAGAUGAUAUUGGAGGCCACGGAGAAGCUCGUCGAUGACCUGAAAGAACAAGCUGUCGGAGGAAAGUAA